AUGGCCAGCCUUGGUCGAUGCUUCGGCACGCACUCUAGGCGAUGGUUGCUGCUUGCCCUCGCCACGUGCGUCGUGCCGGUGCCAGCGAAGCAGUCCUUUCAGGUUGCCUCAGAUGGUCGCAGUGGCCCUGACAUGAUGGAUGACAUGUCUGCUUCUGCCAAGGACGACAUCGCACACAGCGCCGCCGUGAGAAUGACCAUCACAGACUCUGCGGCAUCACAGCUCCUUCGUGUGGACACCAAGAAGGAGUCUGAAGAGGCCAUCAAGGAGGAACACGCCGGCGAGGUCCAGGCUAGCAGCCAAGGCCAAACAAAGUACUUGCGCCAGGAGGCGUCCACUGCAGCGGCCGCAAGGCCUCCGCCACGGGGCAUCUGUCGCGGAGAACUUCUUCCGACGAAGUGCCCCAACGAGCAGCAGGCUGAAGAAGACGGGCUCACCGCUGCUGCCGCUGCAGGAUUGGCAGAAGAGGAAGAUCCGUGUGAAGCUUUGACAGAGCUGCCGGAGACCCUUCCUGGCCAGGGCUCCAUCGCCUUCUUUGCACGGGAAGCCAUCCUACAGGGCUGCGACGGCUACCACCGCUGUUCCCGACAAAGCAAAGGCUUCCGGCAGUGUCAGUUCAAGCCCGGGUCGACGAAAGAUUGCCGCACUGGUGCGAACUGCCUUCCGCCCUGCCUUGGUAGCAAGCUCGGCGAA